AUCACAUCAGCGCGACGCGACGACGGCACGACGCGCCGCACGCACGCACCGCGCGAGUGACAUCACCUUUGACCGAGCCUCUAGGCUCUAGCGACCACUAUCUUGCCGCGCCGCGCCACGGCCGCGACACGCGCUGCCAGCGAUCAGCGAAUCCCACGCAAACACCUUGCUCAUUGCCCAUUGCGGCCCGUGCCGUGUCCGUGUCGCUCCACGCUUUUUGUGGGGCCGCCCCGCCAACCCUUUGCCUUGCCCCGCCAGCCCGUCCCCGUCCCGAUCCGGCCAUCCCCGGACGAGACAAAUGACAGUCGAAGCAGUCGCAGCCCGUCGAGUGCCCGUUUGAGUGCAGUCGACGUCCAGGACCUGGGCCUACCUCAAAUUUUGGGAUUUCUGGUCAAGCGACGGAGGGAUUGUGGGUUUUGCACUGCAUUGGCGAAAGCGGGUGUCGAGCAAAAUCCUAGACCAUGGAAAUAGAAGACUUUGAUCAGUGCGUGAAGGAUUGGGAGGACUUAUCAGCUGAGUUCAAAACUUUGGAGAACGCCAAUAGAGAGUAUCUGAUGAAACUUGAUGAGGUUGGAGAACUUCAGGGAAAAUGUGUCAAAGAAUUAACUCACCAACGCUACAGGAUGUCUACUCUGACACGAUCAUUAAAGCGGUUUCGAGAAAGUGGCGAUAAGGCAAUCAUUGAGAAAAUGAAUAAAGAUAUGUCGCGGAGAGAGGCCCAACUAUCAGAAAUAGAACAAACAUUACCCAAAGAGAAUGGUCUUUACUUGAAAAUAAUUCUAGGCAAUGUUAAUGUCUCUAUCUUGAAUAAAAAUGAAAAGUUUAAGUACAAGGAUGAAUACGAGAAGUUUAAGCUAAUUCUAAGUGUCAUUGGCUUUGUGCUAUCUGUUAUCAACCUUGUCACCAAUUUCAGGGCACUUGAACUUGCAUUUUUAUUCCUCUUGGUGUGGUAUUACUGCACCCUUACGAUUAGAGAAAGCAUUCUUAAAGUGAAUGGCUCUCGAAUUAAAGGAUGGUGGCGCCUUCAUCACUUUAUCUCUACAGUGCUCUCUGGUGUUCUACUAAUUUGGCCAAACAAUACCGCAUGGUACCUGUUUCGGCCACAAUUCAUGUGGUUCAAUUUGUACAUCAGUUGUGUGCAAUACCUUCAAUUCCGGUACCAACAAGGAGUACUGUAUCGGUUGAAGGCAUUGGGCGAACGACAUAACAUGGAUAUUACUAUUGAAGGCUUCCACUCUUGGAUGUGGCGUGGGCUCAGCUUUCUCUUUCCCUUCCUUUACUUUGGCUAUAUCCUGCAAGUCUAUAAUGCCUACACUCUGUACAAGCUUUCUUACCAUGAACAUGCCACAUGGCAGGUGCCUGUGACAUCAUUUUUGUUUUUUAUCCUAUUCCUUGGGAAUACGAUAACCACUUCUAUGGUUAUUCCCCAAAAGCUGACGGACAGGACUCUGCAAGCUCUGUGGGGGAGUAAACAGACUCCAGGGGAAAAGGAUGAAGCAAAAUCGAGUGGCAACAAGAAUGAUUAGUGCACCAAAGAAGAGGAGCAGGAUAUCUUUUCUGUCUUCCUGGAAUUCGUCAGUUUCAUAGAGUAUGAAGCAAUCCUGUAACAAAGGCUAUUUCAUUUCUUAAGAAAAAACUUAAAAGCCCCCAUCAAAUAGUUGCUCAAAUUCUCAUUCAAUGAGUUUUUUUUUUACAAUUUUUUAAAACUAUUGCAACCAAGAGAGGGGGAGGAAGAGACAGAUGAAGAUGGUAUUUAAUGGAUGACAAAUUACUAUGUGAUAAGCCUUCUGUGGUGGGAUUUUUAGGAUACAUGUGGUGAUGUGUAACUUUCUGGACUGUUAGAUGUCUGUGGUUGUACUGUGAUAAAGUUGUCUUUGUUACAUAUUUUGCAUGGAGUUGUCAUGAACAAAUCCAUACAUAAUUCAAUUUGGAAAUUGUUAAAAAAAAUAAAUAAUUAUGCUUUGAGAAGUUUUUACCUCAAUAUAUUCUGUCGUCACAAGAUGACAAAGAACUAUUGCUAUGAAAUGGUAUGCUCGGUUCUGGAUGUCUUGUUAAUUUUAGUUGAUUUUUCCUUCAUCGAACAAGUGUGACUGAAGAUGGACUCGAUUUCUAAUUCAGCUGUUAAAUGUUUUGUCUAAUUUUCUUGGCUGUGUUCAGUGUGAAAGCUGUGUUCGACGUUCUUGUGCAAUGUACUUUUUAAAAUUUAGUGAAAACUAAUUUUUUUAACAAUCUAACUUUUGUUCUUUUAUUUACAUUGCCUUUUGAUGCUUCUGAUCUUCGUGCUGAUCAAGUUCAAUCAGCCAAGGGCAGGUCUUAUUUUACUAUAAAAUAACAACCGCAUAUUUUUUACAGUUUGCCUUGUAGCCUUUAAAAGGCAAUGAAUUAUUGAAUUUAUGAAACAUGAAUGUUUGUGUAUUGUGAGUUGAAGGACUGUAAUGAAACAUCGAAUGUGUUAUGUUUAAGAACCUUUUUUUAAAAUGUUGUUCUGCAUCCAUUGUUUUAAUACCACAGUUUGAUGUGGCAAAAAUUAUAUUGAGUGAGCAUAUACAAAUUCUUAAACCCAUAUCAUCGACCAUUCCCACAUGGUCUCUUGAUGCUCUUACCUUAUUGUUACUAUACUGUCACCUUGAUGCUGGUUUCUUAAUGAUGGAAAUUCCUUUGGAUUACAAUGUCACUCCCCUGUAUUUGAUUGUAUAUUCUUUGCAAGAAUUUCUAUUAUUGAGUGUACGGCAAGUUAUUCCCAUCGUUAGAUUGCAUCGCUCUUGUUCCACCGACUGGAGAGAAAGAUUUACUGGUAGAUACAAUGUCAAACUAUGACUAACCAAUUGCUGUAGAGGACUGAUUUGAGCUUUACUUUACAUACCUCAAUGCAUUUCAAGUAAUGAUUAAUUGUGUGAUGAUAUCUGUUUUUAUUUGUCAUUUCAAGCAAUUUGAUACCUCAUUGCCAUUUCAUUCCUUCCUGAGAAACAGUUUACUUUUUCCAAAGGUGUCUUGAUUGUCUUCAUGGACUCCUACUUAAAUCGUUUUUUAACCCAGUGAAUUAUAGUUUAUGUCCAUGGAAGUUUUCAAUAAGCAAGAUUUAUUGCCUCUAAUGUACUGUCCAAAUUAGUGUGAAAGAAAUUUCUUUUAUUUGACUGUUGAAACAGUGGUGAUAACUUAUUUUACUUUUUCAUCCCAUCCUCUCUUUGUUGCACAUUCUGCACUCAUCCAAUGAAACUAGCCCUUCUGUAUUUUUUGCUCUUCUGGGAAACUGAUAUUUUGUUUUAAAUAUUUCAGAAUUCCAUUGUACUUUUUUAUUUCAUCUAGUGUAUCUGCCAACUUAGUCAAUUAUGUUCAAUUUUGUGUAUUUUAAGUUUCCCAGUGUGAUGAAGACGGUCUAGCAUAAAUGCGCUGAAAUGUGCGAUUGGGUAUUAUGGCAGUUGUCGCUGCUACGGUUGUGCCUUCCAUUUCUAUAUGUUUUGUGUUUUCUGUAUUAUAUCAUGUCCCCUCUUUUCUGUGUCUUAUUUUUAUUUAAAUAAAUAUUAGAUCUAAAACGC